GUUACAGUCAGGUGUUAAGCUGUGUUUCCAGCAGAAUGUUCAAGUUUGCACAGGACAAUUUGUUCUCCAUGUGAAGGGUUUCAGUAUUCCAGCAUUUUAUACUUUGAUCCUUUCAGAAGUUUAGAGUGGCCUUGUGGUAAAAGUGCUAAGGACAUGUUAUUCCUCCUCAUCCUGUUUUGUUGGGGUCCAGCUAUAUUGACCUUUGGCCAGGUUUGGCCUCUGUACGGCACACCACGAAAAACAGUUACGCUAAGCAGUUACGGAGGACAUGUUUUUCAAGAGGAGGGUGUGUGGAACUACUCCACUAUGCUCCUGAGGGAAGACAUGGGUGUGCUCAUCCUGGGAGCUCGAGGGACCAUUUUUGCCCUGGACCUGAAUAAGAUCAUCCACAAGAAGGCUAUGGUAAAGUGGGAGGUGAUUCCAAGCACGCAGGAGAACUGUUUAAUGAGAGGAAAAAAUUUGGAGACCGAGUGUCAGAACUACAUCCGGAUCCUUCAUAAAAUGCCGGAUGGCAGGAUGUAUGUGUGUGGUACCAAUGCUUUCAAUCCCACGUGUGAUUAUAUGUCUUAUACAGACGGCAACCUGAGUCUAGAAAAUAAUCAACAUGAGGGGAGGGGAAAGUGUCCAUUUGAUCCUUUUCAAGGAUACGCUUCUGAACUAGUUGAUGGAAAGCUGUACUCUGCUACAUAUAUAAAUUUCCUGGGCUCAGAAUCAGCUGUGAUGCGAAGCUUAAAUGGCAAUAUACGAACUGAUGACAUCUCGUCCUGGCUCAGGGACCCCAGUUUUGUUGGCAUGAAGCAUGUGGCAGAGGGAGAGGAAAACCCAGAGGGAGAUGAUGACAAGAUUUACAUUUUCUUUAAUGAAGCAGCGAUGGAGUACGAUCCUUACAAUAAGCUGGAUGUGUCAAGGGUGGCCCGCGUCUGUAAGGGGGAUCUGGGAGGACUGCUAGCAUUGGCGAGAAAGUGGACAACAUUUCUAAAAGCUCGUUUGGACUGUCCUGUUCCUCAAACUAGACUGCCUUUUCUCAUACAGGAUGUGUUCCUUUUCUGUCCAGGCAACUGGAACACAUGUGUGUUCUAUGGAGUCUUUACCCCUCAGAUGAGCAUGUUGCAGUAUUCUGCAGUGUGCACCUACAAGAUACAAGAUAUUAGGGAAGUGUUCUCUAAAGGAAAAUUCAAAACUGUGGUCAAUGUCGAUUCCUUUACAAAAUGGGUAAAGUCCGAAGAAGAUAUUCCUGACCCCCGGCCCGGAGCUUGUAUUAACAAUGAUGCAAGGCAGAAAGAGUUUUUGACAUCCUUGAACCUACCUGUGAAAACCCUCCAGUUUGUCAGAGACAGACCUCUAAUGGAUCAGGCAGUUGAGCCAUCUUCUCAGCAACCUCUGCUGGUGAAGAAAGGAGCUGCGUUUACAUCUAUAGUGGUGGCCAGCACUACUGCUUUGGAUGGGAGCAUCCACCAGGUCAUGUUUAUUGGAACAGCAAGUGGUUCAGUGCUGAAAGCAGUCAACUAUAACGGAGAGACUGUGAUCAUUGAGGAGGUGCAGCUCUUUGCACAUUCUGAGCCAGUGAAGAUACUGCGCCUCUCCACAACCGUGGGGCAGCUGUAUGCAGGCUCAGAGGUGGCAGCUGUGCAGAUGCCACUUAGUGCGUGUGGUCAUUACACUUCCUGUAUGGACUGCGUUCUGGCCAGAGACCCCUACUGCGGCUGGGACCUCAUCUCUAACAGCUGUGUUGCUAUAAACAGCCUUCACCCAAAUACACACAGUCAGGUGAUUCAGAGUCUGAGAGAUGGAAAUCCUUCACGUUGUCCUGCAGUUGAAAGUCCUAAAACCAUUAAAUUCUUCUACCCGGGUAAUGUGGUCAGCCUGCUGUGUGAGCCAGGAUCAAACCUGGCUCAAGUGCAGUGGCAUGUAAAUGGUCACCCAGUUGAACAAAACAACGUAUACGAAAUUCAGCACAACAGACUUCUUCUCCUCAAUGCCACGGAGAGUAAUGCCGGCCACUACAUCUGCACAUCUGUAGAGACCUCCAAGGGAGAAGAUUAUAUCAUCCAAACUGCUACAUAUGAGUUGAAGCUGCAGGACCUUGUGGAGGAUUCUUUGGGCCAACCGCUGGUGCAGGAACAGCAGAAAAUCUUCAUAGCUCUCAUAGUUAUAGUCAUCCUUUUAACACUGGUAUUACUAGCACUUGUGGUAUGGACCCUCUACAAAGGGUAUUGUGCCAUUCCAAGUUGCUCGAACAGUAUUGAAGAAAGGCCACAAUGUUCAAAUAUGAUGCAGAAAUGGGGUAGCAUUGAAAGAGUGCAGCAAAUGAACUAGAGUCCUUAAUACUAGCAACCAGCACAAUAGAGACGAAGUGUUCAGGUUAAUGUUAUUUAUAUACAUUCUUCUGCAGACCCAAUGAGGGUGCAGGACUUUAAGUACUUAUGGCCAAAGGUCCAGAGCAACGGAGAGUGUGGAAAGGAGGUGAAGAGGCGGGUACAGUCAGGUUGAAAAUGGUGGAGAAAAGUGUCAGGUGUAUAAUGUGACAGAAGAGUAUCAGUAAGAGUGAAAGAAAAGGUGUUCAAGACAGUGGUGAGACCAGCGAUGCUCUACGGCUUAGAGACAGUGGCACUGAAGAAAAGACAGGUGGCAGAGUUGGAGGUAGCAGAGCUGAAGAUGUUGAGGUUCUCUUUGGGAGUGACAUGGAUGGAUAGGAUCAACAAUGGGCUCAUCAGAGGGACAACCCACAGUAGAUGUUUUGGAGAUAAAGUCAGAGAGGCCAGAUUGAGGUGGUUUGGGCAUGUUUAGAGGAGAGAUUGUGAAUAUAUCGGUAGAAGGAUGCUGAGGUUGGAAAUGCCAGGCAGGAGGUCUAGAGGAAGACCAAAGAGGAGAUUAAUGGAUGCAGUAAAAGAGGACAUGAAGUUAGUUGGGGUGAGAGAAGAAGAAGCAGAGUUAGAAGGAUGCUGAGGUUGGAAAUGCCAGGCAGGAGGUCUAGAGGAAGACCAAAGAGGAGAUUUAUGGAUGCAGUAAAAGAGGACAUGAAGUUAAUUGGGGUGAGAGAAGAAGAAGCAGAGGAUAGAGCUAGGUGGAGGCAGAUGAUUCGCUGUAGCGACCCCUGAAAGGGAACAGCCGAAAGACAAAGAAGACUUCUGCAGACCCAAUAUGACAAACCAAUGUGGCAAACAUCCUUUGUUUAAACGUCUGGAUUGUUUGAAGUUUUAAAACAGACUGUAAGU